AUGUCCGGCGCUUUGAAUUGGGCAAUAUUGUUGAAGUUCGAUGACGGUGUCGAGUGGGUUUUCCGAUCGCCCAGGACGAGAUAUGCUGUUGUUGGCGAUACUGCCGCCUGCCGUCUUUUGGCUAGCGAGGCCGCUACGCUGAAGUAUAUCCGCAAACACACUUCUAUACCUGUUCCAGAGGUGUUCCAUUAUUGCGUGACCGACCAGAAUGAUAUCGGAAUCCCGUACAUCCUUAUGAGCAAGGCUGCCGGCAAUCCUCUCGCAACGUACGACUGGCAAACGUAUAACCAUGAGCGCCCUAAGCCUGCAAGUCCUACAGACCCGGUACGGGCUAUGACUCGGGACGAGAAGGGGAAGAUUAUGAGACAGCUUGGAAACUACGCGUGUCAGCUAUUCCAAUUACGGUUUGCUACAAUUGGAUCCCUCUUCGAACAGGAUGGCGAAGAUUACAACAUCGAGGAGUGUCUCUCCCCCGGUCAUGUUCUCCACGGCCGCGACGAUAUUGAAGAUAUCUCGCGUGGCCCGUACCAUGGAGAGCCCGACUACUACUCCUCCCUCGUCUCUGCCCUUCUUCUACAUGCUGAGCGACUCCCAAUGGAACACCACAUUCUCCUCGCGCCUGUUCCCAUCCCCCAGGAGUACUCAGAUUUCACCAAAUAUCGCUCUGCCGAGCGACGGUGGAACGACUACGCUGCUCUUGGUGGCAAGGCAGAGUCGAGCAAAAAUCGCCUGCAAUACAGCAUUGCUAGCUAUCUCAUUCGCGACCAAAUCAUCCCUCACUUGACUCGGCCGAAUAUCCCGCGGAUGUUCGGCUUUCCUCUGUCACCAUGA